CCACUAGAAACGAAACUUUCUCCCCACAGUCCCACUCCUCCAAGCAAUUGGUCACCUUCAACAAUAAUCCUUCAACUUCAACCCUCAAAACCUCUCCCUCUCUCUCUCUCUCUCUCUCUCUCUCUCUCUAACUUCACCAACAUUAAUUCUCAAUGGACGAAUCAGAGCAAUACCCAAAGGAGUUCUACUCCAACAACCCUCAAAACGACAUCGUUCGGACCUCAUCUUCCUCCUCCACGACCAGCGUUCACGUCACGGCGCUCGACGGCCUAGUCAACGUCAACUCCCUCUUCACCAUCGCCGUCUUCGUCGGCCUCUCCCUCACCACCCCAGGCCAGCGCAGCCUCGAAGACCGCUCAUCCUGCGACGCCGGCGUCGACGUCGCCAAGAAGCUUCUCGUCUUCGAGGUCGUCUCCUUCAGCUUCUUCCUCUUCUCCUCGCUUGUCGCUCAGGGCCUCAAGCUCGCCCUCAACCUCCUCAACAGCAAGGACGUCGAUGAGGCCUUCCGAGCUCACAUCAAUCUCCGGGCACUCAGGCUCGGCAUGCUGGCCUCCGCCGUGGGCUCCGUCAUGGGCUGCGUCUUCCUCAUGCUGUCCAUGGUCAAUGUCAUCGAGAUCCGGUUGGGGAUGCUGUCAUGUGGGAGUAAGUCCGCUGCUCACGCUGUUGCUGUCAUGGUUGUCCUGGUUUCUUCUGCUCUUUUGGUUUAUAUCUCCACCGCUAUUUAUGCUUUUACCCACUGAAUUUAUUGCAAAUUUUUCUCAUCUAGUUUUUGCUUGUUAAUUAUGUGUGAAAUGGUUCGUGUUUUCUUGUGAUUUUGUGUGUUUGCCCAAAUGGGUAUUAUAAUGCUGGAGUAAGCAAGUAGUGAGGCAUUGCCUAUUUCCUUCAACGGCAAAAAAUUGUUCGUGUUACUUCAGUAGUUAGCAAGUUUUGAACUGUGGCACUCAUCUGUAAUUGUGGUUGCGAUGUUCGGGUUUUAGAGGUUUUCAUGACCAUAUGACAGCUGCAAUUUUGCC